UUUGUGCUGUUACAGACGAGGAAGGUCCGGAAGUGACGCAAGAUCCAGGACCUGAUGGGGACCCAACAUCAGACGGUCGCCAAGUUGAGGUGGCUCUUGGGGGUGCCGUCCAACUGCAGUGCCCCGCAGCUACUCCAGGAGGGUGCUGGAGUCGUGUGGAUACCGGCGGUCGCCUGCAACCCGUAGGCUCUGGCCCCGAGCUGAAGUUGGACAGGGUGCUAUAUCAGGAAGCAGGAGAAUAUCGCUGCAUUGCCGGGGCCGCUACUCCCGAACUGGAUCAGUGGCGUGCAGACCUGGAUGUCCAGCUUAUCGUGACCGGACGCCCUGAGGUGUAUCCAGCCAACAAAACUUUGACUGCCACCACAGGACAGCGCCUGUCCCUCACUGUGGAGUUCUGCGCCAACCCGCCGGCCUCCAGAACUCUCUGGCUCACAGAUUCACGCGUCUUGAGGCCCGGUGACGUCACGGAUACCCUAAUCGCCCACAAUAUCACGGCUGGCAGUUCCGAGUACUGCCACCAGGCUGUGCUGACACUCAUGAUGGUAACAGAGAGCGACCAAGGGGAGUACGUGUUCCUGGUUCGAUCCUCGCGGGGUCUGGCAGAGGGUACAGUCACCCUGAACGUGACGAGAGCUAGCAGUUUCUCAGUGGCUGCCGCCAGGGCGCACCAUGUGACAGCAGCGGCUGUUGUCACAGCGCUCUAUACCCUCUCAGCAUGGCUUCUUACUUCAAACUUGAGUUAGAACCAGUCCAGAACCUCCUUCAACCAAAGCAGGACCUCCACUGUAAAAAUAAAAAGCACCCUUUUGUUGUAGUCAUGACUGAGCAUUUAUGUCUUGCUGCCUGUGAAUUGAUGAAGGAAUUAUUUUUGCGUAAAAAUAAGCUGGAAGUAGCUUAAUUGUGGCCUGUGAAAAUUCCGUCAAAAACACGAAAAGAGAAAUGAAUAAUUAUUCGUAAUCUACAAGGGAUGAAAUUCUCCAUGUGGCAGAUGGGUAAACUACAUAGUUAGUGUCAGAUCAGUGCAUCUGAAGUGAAUGUGAAAGAGCGCUUCUACUUAUGAAUUUUAAUGACCAGUAAGAAGUAAAAAUAUGAUAUGGUAAACUGACUAACAAGAAAAUCCACUAUAUGGAUUGCUAAAUAUUUAAGACAAAGAAAGAGGAGGAAGAUUGUUCAGCAAGCAGUAUACUUGUAAAGGAGAGAAGAGAUUUUAAGUCCAAUAGACUGGUACAAAAUGUCGGUCAUGGAGCCAAAACAUGAGAAACAGUAAGGUGGACGAGAUGUAAUAUAGAGGAGUAGCUAUGUUAUAGAGGGUUUACCAUUUGCAACUUAAUAUCAUUCUGCCAGUACACUAAGUAUGUCAUCAGUUGUGACAGAUCACUUACUAUAUAUAUGCAACUGUAACAGAUCUGUUGACCAUAAUUUAUUAUUGUUGUUCUCCUUAUCAUCAACAUCAUUAUCAUCGUCAUCACCUCCAUCACCAUCAUAAUAAUUAACACUGCUGUUAUGCAUAUUGAGUCACUUGAGUCACUUGAAACAAUAGGUUUAUUACAACAAACUAAUUUAUUUUGUCAUUUUGUUUUAGCUGUCACAAAUCAUAGUUGUAUUUAUUAGGUACUGGGUGCUACAACUUAUAAUUAAAUGAUGUUAUGUAAGAAAAAGAUGGACUUGAAAGAAUUAGUUAUGAUGUGCCCAGUAGUAUGUCAUGUUCCUAAAUACUGUAGUGAACAUCAGACUAGUAAAUAAACUGAUGAUAUGCAAUCACGCUGUGAAAAAUAAUGAAAAUGAAUUUUACUAUACUGAACAUGCAGAAAAUUUUUGUUGCUUGAGUCGACAGUGAGUACUAACUUUGACAAAAUGAUGUUUAAGACUAUCCAUUAUAAGGUGAUCAUAAUUGAACUGAGGAAUAUUAAGAACAUAUCUGGCAGAAAAUUGACUUGUCUCUAGUUAGAUGUCUCAGUUAACUUCAUGCACUGGUUUUCAAAAUAAUUUCAUUCAGUUUAACUUGAUAACUCUUUCUUUGUUAAUGUUUCAGUUAAAAAUUCGAUGAUUGUGUCAUGAUGUUUGCAGACCAGACUUAAAAAACAUCCAUUUUGUCAAGUUAAUGUAUAAUGAAAAUUAUUUUGUUAUACAUGAUUUUGCAGAUUUGUCAUAUUGUAGAAAAAUAAUAUUGUUCAGGGCCUCAUUUUUAUUCAAGAUGUUCUGAAAUAUUAAACAAGUUCCAGUGAAGUACAAGUACAGAACUAUAAAGAAGAAAGAUAAUUACGAAACAAAUUCAAAGUGAACCAUCUGUCAUUAUGAUAAUUCCAUUAUCGUGUCAAAAAGUGAAUGUGAAUCUAGACAAAUGUUGACCGUUGAAGUGACAGAACAAGUAGAAAAAGGAGUCAAUUAGAGCCGAACAUGAAUUCAUUAUUGAAUUCCAUGUAUAAAACUUGUCACAUUGCCAUAUAGCUGAGGCAUAAAUAAGUAAAAAUGUUUAAAUGAUAUCAGACUACGAUGUCAAAGUUUCUGACAGUUAUUAAGAGGUUCUGUCUGCAGAGAACUAUAGCACAAGAGUUAAAAACUUUACCUUCCACUGCCAUUUUGGAUAAUUCUCUUCAUGGAAGUGAAGAAGUGUGUUUCAGAAUGACAUUAUAAACUUUAUGUCUGGCUAGGGUAUAAGAGAUUAACAGUUCAUGAAUGAAACUAUCUAAGAGCUCAGUUGUUUGUGUAUAAAACUUAAUCCAUUGUAAAUUAAUAUAUAUAUAAGAUAUCUAAAAAUGACACCAAAAUAAGGAGAUUUGUGUUAUCACUGUAUACGUCCAAUAAAAUACGUUGUGACUUU